UCGAGGUUGGUUCUUAGGCGGAAGCACUGUGGGACAGUUCUAGGAACCCCGUGUGAAAAACUUGUGUGUGAUCUUUUUGUCACCUAGUCCAGUGCUCUGAUAAGGGGACCCCUCUCCCCGUGUCCCACAGUUGAGCUGGGAUCACACGGUUUUCCUGCUUGAAUCUCACCGUCCUACCACCCCCACUAAACACACACAACAGUUGUUCAAGUCCCUGGGGUCUGUGGGUAUCUGCAAGCCUGCCCAUGUAGGGAGUGGAGCCGAAGAUGAAGCCUGAGCUGUCCUGAGGGACUGCCUAGCAGGAACUUAUAGACCCAAGGUGCCCCCUCCCCACCACAACAGAGGAGGCCUGUAGAAGGACAGGAAAGUAAGAGCAAGAGCUGCACCAGAAGAAGAGUCAACCCAGAAAAAUGGCCAGCAGGAAGACCAAGAAGAAGGAAGGUGGUGCUCUUCGUGCUCAGAGGGCCUCAUCCAAUGUCUUUUCCAACUUUGAACAGACACAGAUUCAGGAAUUUAAAGAAGCGUUCACACUCAUGGAUCAGAACAGGGAUGGAUUUAUCGACAAGGAGGAUUUGAAAGACACCUAUGCCUCCCUAGGCAAGAUUAAUGUUAAAGAUGAUGAGCUGGAUGCCAUGCUGAAGGAGGCCACAGGCCCCAUCAACUUCACAAUGUUCCUGAACCUGUUUGGUGAGAAGCUGAAUGGGACAGAUACAGAGGAGACAAUACUGAAUGCCUUCAAGAUGCUGGACCCAGAUGCCAAAGGGAAAAUCCACAAGGAUUACAUAAAGCGUCUGCUGAUGUCCCAGGCUGACAAGAUGACUGCAGGAGAGAUUGAUCAAUUGUUCCAAUUUGCUUCCAUUGAUGCAGCUGGAAACCUGGAUUAUAAAGCUUUGAGCUACAUCAUCACCCAUGGGGAGGAGAAGGAAGAAUAACAAGAAGUCGGACUGGGGGGAACAUAGUCCAUUCAAUAAAGGUUAUUCAGCAAACACA